AUGGCAGCUGGGGAAUCGCAGAGGGUGCAGGAGGCACAAAAGAUCGCCAAGGCCAAUCCUCAGCAAGCAGAGUCCAUCUACAAGGAGAUCAUCUCCAAGCCCCCCUCUGUCACCUCCGAUGCAGCGGUUCGCGAGUACGAGACGGCGUUGGUCAGCCUAGGAGAGCUGUACCGGGAUCAGAAGAACACAAACGAGCUGGUAGAGCUGGUGACCAAGAGCCGGACGGUCCUCUCAUCAUUCGCAAAGGCAAAGACGGCCAAGCUCGUCCGUCAGCUCCUUGACCUCUUCGAAGACAUCCCCAACUCGAUAGAAAUCCAAAUCUCCGUCACCAAGUCAUGUAUAGAAUGGGCCACCUCUGAGCGACGAGGCUUCCUCCGCCAGAACCUCGAGACCCGCCUCGUGACGCUCUACAUGGCCAAGCAGUCCUACUACGAGGCCCUCACCCUCAUCAACGGGCUCCUGCGCGAGCUCAAGCGCCUCGACGACAAGCUCGUGCUCGUCGAGGUCCAGCUGCUCGAGUCGCGGGUGUACCACGCGCUCGGCAACAUCCCCAAGGCCCGCGCCGCCCUCACCAGCGCCCGCACCUCGGCCGCGUCGGUCUACACGCCGCCCCUGCUGCAGGCCAACCUCGACAUGCAGUCGGGCAUGCUGCACGCCGAGGACAAGGACUUCAACACGGCCUUUAGCUACUUCAUCGAGGCCCUCGACGGCUACCACUCGCAGGACGAGCCGCAAAAGGCCACGGCGGCCCUGCAGUACAUGCUGCUCUGCAAGAUCAUGCUCAACCUCGUCGACGACGUCAACCAGCUCAUGACGUCCAAGCAGGCCGUCAAGUACGCGGGCCAGUCCCUCGAGGCCAUGAAGGCCAUCGCCCGCGCCCACUCGAACCGCUCCCUCGAGGAGUACGAGCGCGCCCUCGCCGCCUACAAGUACGAGCUCGGCUCCGACGCCUUUGUCCGUAACCACCUGCGCCGCCUCUACGACGCCAUGCUCGAGCAGAACCUCAUCAAGGUCAUCGAGCCCUUCUCGCGCGUCGAGAUCGACCACAUCGCCAAGAUGGUCGGCCUCGACACCCAGCAGGUCGAGCGCAAGCUGUCCCAGAUGAUCCUCGACAAGGUCAUCAUCGGCGUCCUCGACCAGGGCGCCGGCUGUCUCAUCAUCUACGACGAGACGCACCGCGACGAGUCCUACGACGCCGCCCUCGCGACCAUUGAGAAGCUGAGCAACGUCGUCGACCUGCUCUACACCAACCAGGCCUCGAUGCUGGAGUGA